CACAUUUGUUGGCGAUUGUUGUUUCAUAAAAUUACAUAUCUGGAAAAUUGUGAUGGGCACUUACUCUCUGAAAAUCUUGUUUGCAAUGUUAGUGUGCUUUUUGCAUACCCAAGCAUCCAUUCUUGGAUUCAACUCCUCAUCACAUGUGAAAUGCAUUGAGAGGGAGAGACAAGCACUGCUCAACUUCAAACAAGGCCUUCGAGAUGACUUUUGCAUGCUGUCUACAUGGAGCAAUGGUGAUAACAAUAGAGAUUGUUGCAAAUGGAAAGAAAGGCAUCGACUGCAGCAAUGAAACAGGUCAUAUACAUUGCAGGCAUUAUUCCUUAACAAUAACAGCUUGAGUGGGGAAAUUUCUAGCUUCAUUCAAAAUUCUUCAUGGUGCAACAGACUUGUAUUUCAGACUCUGGAUUUAUCAGAUAACCGGAUUGCUGGCAUGCUACCUAUUCUUUCAAAUUUUACAUCUUUGAGGAGAUUAGAUAUUUCCAAUAAUCAGUUAACUGGAGAAAUACCUAAAAGCAUUGGGUUGCUACAUGAGUUGGAGUAUCUUUCCCUAGAGGAGAAUUACUUGGAGGGUGAUAUCACUGAAUCACAUCUCACAAAUUUUUCCAAAUUGAAGGUCUUAGGCAUAACAGACCACUCAUUGUCUGUAAAGUUUGGUGCUACAUGGGUUCCACCUUUCCAAUUACAUACUUUGGGAGUAGCUUCUUGCAAGUUGGGUCCUAGUUUCCCAAGUUGGCUCCAAACUCAAAGUCACUUGAGCAUGCUAGAUAUUUCUGAUGCUGGGACUGAUGACUUUGUACCAGACUGGUUUUGGAACAAGUUACCGCAUAUAUAUGGUCGAAUUCCUAACUUUUUGUCACAAGCUUGGACAUUGGAUCUUUCAGAAAACAAGAUUUCUGACAUAAAUUCAUUCUUGUGUGGAAAAAAUGCAACUCAUACCUGGAAGAUUCCACAGUCCAUGGGUACUCUUGUUUAUUUGCAAGCAUUGGAAAAUUCAUCUCUUGGAUCUUUCAAGUAUAUUCUAAAGAGCAUUGAUCUCUCAAGUAAUGAUUUAUCAGCUGAAAUACCAAAAGAGGUUGGGUAUUUAUUUGGAUUAGUUUCUUUGAAUUUAGCAAGAAACCACUUAACUGGAGAAAUUCCUUCUGAGAUUGGGAAUCUAACUUCACUAGACUUUCUUGACUUAUCAAGAAAUCAUUUAUCUGGAAAAAUUCCUUCUACUCUUUCCAAAAUUUAUCAAACAAUGAUCUCAGUGGAAGAAUCCCAUGGGAAGGACAUUUGCAAACCAUUGAUAAUGCAUCUAGUUUUGAAGGAAAUCCUGCCAAGUGCGAUAGGUGGCUCAAAGGCUAGCAGAAUUGCAAUUGUGACAGCUAGAGAAUAUUACAAAAUGACAAAUGCCGUUAUGCUUGUUUCCCUACUGCGGUAA